AUGUCGACUACGCGUAAAAGUACCCGUAGUUCUCGGAUCGUUUCUCUAGAGCGUUCUGCCAAUUCAUCGCUCAGCAACGGCGGAGCUGGAGAUGAUUCCUUCGGAUCCACGACAUUGGAAACUUCCCGUCUCCAAGAGAAAGAUCACUUGACGUCUCUCAACAGUCGUCUCGCCCAGUAUAUUGAUAAAGUGCGUCAACUUGAACAAGAGAACAACCGCCUUCAAGUUCAAAUUCGCGAUAUUGAAGUAGUGGAGAAAACUGAAAAAUCGAACUUGGCCGAUCGCUUCGAGGCCGAAAAGGCUCGUCUUCGCCGUGCUCUCGAUUUGGCUCAAGACGAGCUCGCAAAGUACAAGAUCGAAUAUGAUGCUGCGAAGGUUGAGGUCAAGAAAUUGAAGCCACAAGUCGAAAAGCUUGAAAGAGAACUGGCUGGAGCCGAAGAGCAGGCCCUCCAUGCCCAAUCAAUUGCUGACCAAAGUCAAGCUAAACAAAAGACCCUUCAAGCUCGCAACGACAAGUUGGUCGUAGAGAAUGAUGACCUCAAAAAGCAAAACAUCACUCUUCGCGACACCGUUGAAGGCCUCAAAAGAGCUGUCGAAGACGAAACUCUUCUUCGUACUGCUGCCAACAACAAAAUUAAGGCUUUGGAAGAAGAUCUCGCUUUUGCUCUCCAACAACACAAGGGAGAGAUGGAAGAAAUUCGUCACAAGAGACAAGUUGACAUGACAACCUACGCCAAACAAAUCAAUGAUGAGUACCAAUCGAAGCUUCAAGAUCAAAUCGCUGAGAUGCGCGCUCAAUUCCAGAACAAUUUGGCUCAAAACAAGGCCGCAUUCGAAGAUGCUUACAAGAAUAAGUUGAACGAUGCUCGUGAGCGACAGGAAGCUGCCGUUUCCGAGGCUCUCCAUCUUCGUGCCCGCGUUCGUGAUUUAGAGACUUCAAGCAGCGGAAAUGCUUCUUUGAUCGAAAGACUCCGUUCAGAACUCGAAACCUUGAAGCGAUCAUUCCAAGAGAAGCUUGAUGAUAAAGACGCUCGUAUUUCUGAGCUCAACCAAGAAAUUGAGCGUAUGAUGAGCGAGUUCCACGAUCUUCUCGAUGUCAAGAUUCAGUUGGAUUCCGAGUUGAAGACUUAUCAAGCUUUGCUCGAAGGGGAAGAGGAACGUCUCAAUCUCACUCAAGAUAAUUCGAAGAAUGCUUCGGUUCACCACGUCUCUUUCUCAACUGGAGGUGGUGCCAGCGCUCAACGUGGUGUUAAGCGUCGUCGUGUUGUCGAAGUAAACGGAGAAGAUCAAGAUAUCGAUUAUCUUAACAGACGCUCCAAACUCAACAAGGAGACCAUCGGACCAGUUGGAAUUGACGAGGUUGACGAGGAAGGAAAGUGGGUCCGCGUUGCCAAUAACUCUGACGAAGAGCAAUCGAUCGGAGGAUUCAAAUUAGUUGUCAAAGCUGGAAACAAAGAAGCCUCGUUCCAAUUCUCAUCUCGCAUGAAGCUCCAAGCACACGCCAGUGCGACAGUUUGGUCCGCUGAAUCAGGAGCCGUCCACAGCCCACCAGAUACCUACGUAAUGAAGAAACAACAGUGGCCAAUCGGAGAAAACCCAUCUGCUCGCCUUGAGGAUAGCGAAGGAGAUACCGUCUCUUCAAUCACCGUCGAGCUCAGCGAAUCUUCCGAUCCAUCUGACCCAGCCGAUCGUUGCUCUAUCAUGUAA